AUGAUGUCAAAAACGCGUUAUAAUCUCACUUGGGUGAGAGAUUACGCUUUAGACAAGAAGCCAACUUACAUUGUGGCUCAAGUAUGUAAAAGCUAUGAAAUGCUGGUAUUUGACGUGGAUGACGCGGUGAAUGAUGAAAGCCGGCGGGCGGCUCCGUUGAUUAUGGAACUGCGUACGAAGGAGUUACUGAACCCAUUAAAUAGAAUAAAAGUGAAGUUAUACCAAAUCGGGAAACUUCAUGACACUUCGAAGGAAGUGCCAUAUUUUGGUUCAGCUAGUACUAGCUCCUGCACCCAUCAAGGAACCUUAAGACCGUCUACACAGGCAAAGGAUUUUGAAGUCAUAAAGCGAGGACGCUGA